AUGAAUGGAUCGAAUCCAAGCCUGAAAAGGCUACAAGGCCUAUACCUGGCCGCCACUGUCCUGCGACUUGUCUUGUUCUUUGCCUUCCCUGGUUUACCAGAACUAGUCGCAGGGCGAGUUGAGGUGUCGACUCCCGUCACCAGUUUCAAACGAUUACAAGAGGGUCUCUUCCUCUACAACCAUAAUGUCUCGCCCUACGACGGCGGCGUCUACCACCAAGCACCCUUGCUGCUCCCUGUUCUAUCCCUCCUGCCGAGCUUCGCCUCCUGGCCCGUCUUCACAUAUCUACUGUACAUAGUGGUCGACCUUUUAAGCGCCAAUUCUUUAAUAACCAUUGCUGAGUCUGGGGAGGCCGUGUCAACUGUGCGAUUUACCUCUCCAAGGAGGGAAAAGAGGUGGAGCGCCUUCGUGGUCGCGGCACUUUUCCUCUUCAACCCAUUCACAAUUGCGACUUGUGUUGGGAGACCGACCAGUGUCUUCACGACAUGCGCAAUUCUGCAUGCUGUCGCAAAGGCUGUCACUGGUGCACCCUACAGCGCUGUGAUCGCCAUGUCUUUCGCCGCUUACUUGUCCAUGUAUCCCGCCCUCUUGCUUCCGCCUUUAGCACUCUUAGCCUAUGAUCGGAGCCUUGGGCAAGGGAAGACACAGUCUCUGGCUUUCAUAGCCAGGUUUGUUGGCGUUGCGGCAGCCACCGUUACGGUUCUGUUCCAGAUGUCUUAUUUCAUCACUGGAUCAUGGGAGUUUCUCUCCUCGACCUACGGCAUCCAGCUUACCCUCACCGAUCUGACACCGAACGUCGGAUUGUGGUGGUACUUUUUUAUUGAGAUGUUUGACUCAUUCAGGUCAUUCUUCUUGGCUGUCUUUUGGCUCCAUUUGUCGUCGUAUGUCGCCGCUUUGAGUGUGCGAAUUCGAUCGCAGCCCCUGGUUGUGAUUACGCUGCUCUUGGGGAUCUUUGGCAUCUUUAAGCCAUACCCAAGCAUUAGUGACACAUCACUCUUUCUUGCAAUGGUCCCGCUCUACAGGCAUAUUUUCCCCUUGAUGCGGUAUACGUUCGUGGUCCCAUCAACAAUACUGUACUCUACCUUCUUGGGACCAGCGUUCUACUACCUGUGGAUAUAUGCAGGCAGUGGAAACGCCAACUUCUUCUACGCCAUCACUCUGGUGUGGAGUUUGGGGCAGAGCUUGCUCAUUAGCGAUCUCACUUUCGCAGUGCUCCGGGACGAAUGGGAAGUCGACAGGCCAGAAAUGGUCGGCAAGGAGAUUAGACAAAUUUAG